AUGCAAACCCCUGCCUCCUCUCGCCCUCCUUCACUCACUAUAUCCAUAGUAUCUGAGCACCCUACAAACACGCUAAUAAUACCCAACCUACCGCCUGCGUUCUUCGCUCCUCAAGUACUCGAAGCCCUCAAACAACAUUUUGCCACCUACGGCGAGAUUUAUGCUUGGACACCACUGAAGGGAUUCAAGAGGAUCCUGGUGGUAUACUAUGACGAUGACGAUGCUGAGGCAGCGAGGGAGAGCGACGGGGUAGUGAUCGAACAUGACGGGGAAAGCGUUACUGCCGCACCUGCUGCUGACUCUCUUGCAGACCACGCCCUGCCACCAUUCACUCUCCGUGUGUACCGUGGUGAUCCGAUGACUUUCUCCCGUCAACCAUCUACCCUUCGUCCUCCUGAAAUAGAGCACAACUACCUCAUCUCUCCACCCGGUUCGCCACCCGUAGGAUGGGAACAACUCCGUGAAGAACCGCCGAAUACCACAACUCUAGCUGAAGAUCUUGCCCGAGCACUGGAACAUCUCAAGCUUGAACGGGAAAGAGAAGGCAUGGCUCAUGAACCGCAUGUUCUCGUCAGUGGUGUAGACGGCGCGGAUGGCUUGCGACCCACUCCGCGGGUGAUCGUGCAGGAUGCAGAUGCGGAGAAGGCGCAGCAGGAUGAAGUCACAGAAUGGAAUCUGAGCUUACCCACACCGAGGUUGGAGAAUGUCAGGACGGCAAUGCCUCCAGUGCGGGGAGAGUGUGCUACGUAGGACAGAAUUGUUUCCACCCCUUUAUCCACUUCUGCCUCGUUCGACCAAUCAUCUCCUUUUCGGUACGGGUUUCGGUCUUCGCCUUCGUCACAUGCAUAAGUGUAUCAUCUAAAACAUCGACAUUUCCCUGUAAUCCUGUACUUCUACCCCUGUAACACAAGCGAGAUUCCGC